CAAGAAUUAGCGGUCGGAUAUUAUUAAAAAUUUAAAAAUUAGCAUAAAAUAACGAUAAGUUUCGCAUACAUAUACUUUAAUUGAGUUGUGUUACCGUAAAAACAACGGAAAAUUUUGUUAUACUGUAAUGUAAAUAUUUAUAUGAGCCACUUUGCAUGAGCCAAUUAUGUAUUGAGUGGCUUGUUAAUCAAUUUUAAAAACUCCGAUUAUUUAAAGUCCUUCUUGCAACGCAAACUUUUGAGAUCAAUUUAAAGUAUUUAUUUCGAUGAAAUAUUUUAUACUAUAAUAUUUUAAUGAUGGCCGAAAAUCAAAAUACUUAUAGUUCAGGUAGUGACGGAAAUGAUACACGUAAUCCUCGUCCGAAUUUACCAAGAACUAGGUCUGUUGUUGGGCCAAGACCACUUCCCAGCGGACCCAAUAAUUAUACAAAGGAUUCAAGAGAUGGUUCUUACCAACAUCAAAAACAACAUAGUACUAGCAGUAUUCCGGAAUAUUAUUCUGUUUCGUCUCAAAACUCGAAUCCACAAAAUUUUAUAUCACCUGAACAGUCUAUUGUUGAUACAACUGAUCAGCCUUUUCCACCUUUAGUUUCACCUAAACCACAAAAACCAAUGCCUACUGUAACAAGUGAUAUUGCAAAUGCUUUAGAGACACAAUGUCCGGAAAGUUUAAAAGGAUAUGAUGUACAACCUUCUGAUACCCCCAAAAGUUGGUAUAAAGGUGAUGAUGAAAAGUUGAAUUUAGCUUCUGAUCAAGAUCAUAAUUCUCCACUUCAAAGUAACGCAGAGUCGCAAUCAAAUAUUAUGGAAGAAAUUCAGAAUCAAAAAAAUGGACAAAUUUAUCAGAUACAACCUUUUCAUGAUAACCUGAUUAAUUCGAAUGAUCAUAAAUUUCAAAACGCGAAUGAUCAAUCAUACCAAUAUUCUAACAGUUCGCAACAGCAACAACAACAACAGAUGUAUUAUCAAAAUUUUUCAUCACAACAUCAUCAAAAUUACAACAAUUUUCAACAACAAUUUCAAAACGAAAAAUAUCAAGCGAUACCUUCUAAUGUCAAUUUUCAAAUCCUCACUCGAGUCCGCCCUCUUCCAUACAUUCUACACCCAGACAAUCUUUAACGCAGGGUGUAAAUUCUUUUCAACAAAGUACUGGAUAUGGACCUGGACUUCUAUAUGAUAAAAACAAUCAAGCCGGUUCUGAUU